ACACACGCAUCCAUCUCAAAUCCUUCUCUAGUUAUAUGUCAAAAAAACCCUUUCUGAACCCUGGCCCUUGGACAUGCUCAGGGGUCAUUUUCUUCUGCCAAUUCUAGCCAUCAAAUUCUUUGGGCCUUUGAAUUUUUCCUGCUUAUUUCAGAAAGGAAAAAAAACACUAAAGAUUGCUGCUGUUCUAUUAGUAUAAAAGGGUAUCGAAAGUACCAUCAAAGUACUUCAGAUUCUUUGGUUUUGCAGAUUGAUUGUAGGAGAGAAUUCAGAGCCAAGUGUAAAUGGCAGAACGUGGGUUUCUCUUAGCUUCACUUCUUCUCUUCUUUUGCUUGGCAGGAACUUGUUAUGGAAUUGUUCUCUUCUCUUCUCUGCCAAGAACCCUCGUGGUCACCGCUUCACCCAAUCAAGGACAAGUUCUGGUAGCUGGUGAAGAUAAAAUUACUGUAACAUGGGGUGUGAACCAAACCCUAGCAGCUGGGACUGACUCUGCCUACAAGACCAUAAAAGUGAAGCUGUGCUACGCGCCCAUCAGCCAGGUUGACCGCGCUUGGAGGAAGACGGUGGACAAUAUGGCCAAGGACAAGACCUGCCAGUUCCAGAUCGUCGCUAAACCGUACGAUGCGUCGAACAAAACGGUCCAGAGCUUCGAGUUGACCGUGGAGCGUGACGUGCCCUCAGCCACGUACUUCGUACGCGCCUAUGCUUACAACUCUGAAGACGUUGUGGUGGCUUAUGGGCAAACAACUAACGCCCACAAGACCACCAACUUGUUCGAGAUCCAGUCAAUCACUGGACGCCACAUGUCACUCGAUAUUGCCGCGAUUUGCUUCAGCGGUUUCUCGGUUCUGUCCUUGGCUGGAUUCUUUGUCGCUGAGAAGAGAAGGGCAAAACGGUCUUAAUAGAAUUGAAAGAGAAAUUAAACAAACAGCAUUAGUUUCUACUUUCUACGGUGUAGUAUUUGGGUUUUCCUUAAAAAUGAUGAAACUAUGGGUGGUGGUUUGUAAUAAUUGCGUAGUUUCAAACAUUAUUUGCUUAGUGUCAAAAAUGUGAAAGAAAAAGGCUUUGCUUUUCUA